UCUCCCUUCUCCCUUCUCCCUUCUCCCCUCUCCCCAUUCCUCCGUAGGCCAAAACGACAAGCGAAACCUGCCGCAGACGAAGGCUUUUGGGAUUGUAGCGUCUGCACCUUCAGAAACAGCGCGGAAGCCUUUAAAUGCAGCAUCUGUGAUGUGAGAAAAGGCACCUCCACCAGAAAACCUCGCAUCAACUCCCAGCUGGUGGCCCAGCAGGUGGCCCAGCAGUACGCCACCCCGCCACCCCCCAAGAAGGAGAAGAAGGAGAAGGUGGAGAAGCAGGACCGGGAGAGGCCCGAGAAGGAGAAGGAGGCCAGCCCCAGUGCCACCAAAAAGAGCGCCAGCAAGAAAACCAAACCAAAGUCCGAUCUUCUGAAAGACCCUCCUAGCGAAGUGAACAGUAUACAGUCUGCAAACGCCACCACGCGGACCAGCGACUCGAGUCACACCUCCAGGCCCCGACUGAAAAACGUGGACAGGAGCACUGCACAGCAGUUGGCAGUAACUGUAGGCAACGUCACCGUCAUCAUCACAGACUUUAAGGAAAAGACGCGCUCCUCCUCCACCUCCUCCUCCACGGCGACCUCUAGCGCAGGCUCCGAACAGCAGAACCAGAGCAGCUCGGGGUCGGAGAGCACAGACAAGGGCUCCUCCCGCUCCUCCACUCCCAAGGGCGACAUGUCCGCAGUAAAUGACGAGUCUUUCUGAAAUUGCACAUGGGAUUGUGGAACUGAAUCAGGGUAUGAAAUUCAAAUCCUCCAUCUGCCCGUGCUGCUUGCGCCCUGGAGGACUUCUGUGGACAGCAGCCUGUUCGCAAUGCUGCCAGGAUGGCUUCUGCUUGCCAUGGGCACUUGGCCACCGAGGAAUUUCACACCCUGACGAUGACUCUUGACACUUUUGUGUAUUCCAUUGUUUUAUAUGAUUUUCCUAACAAUCAUUUAUAAUUGGAUGUGCUCCUGAAUCUACUUUUUAUAAAAAAAAAAAAAAAAAAUUCUGCUGUGCACAAUUUUCCAUGUACAUUACAACUGGUUUUUUUGUUUUUGUUUUGUUGGGAGGUAGGCUGGCGGGGGGAGGGAACUUUUAUUUAUUGUGUUCACAAACUCCAUCCUUUCAGCAUAUCCUUCUAAGUUUAGUUCUUUCUUCCAGUUAUACUAUGUACUAUCAGUUUUGAUAUAACUAUAUAUAAAUAUAAAAUUAUAUAUAAAGGGUUAUUUGAAACCAAUCCAUGGCAGCGCUGGUGCUCGAUACACUGUGAAGUGAAUGCAGCAUUGAGCAGUCACAGGUCUGGGACAGUCCCUUCUACGGAGGAGCUGAAAUCAAAUUAAAAUUGGUCUCCCAUGAAGUAUGUUCCAAGCCACAUGGAAACUCGAUUCUCUCAUCUGUCUGAAGCGUCCUGGACAAUAGGAAAACAUAUAUAUUUUUAAACAUUGUGAUCUCAAAUUUCAAGACUGCUCUGGGCAGCCUGCGUUUGCCUUGGAGUGACUGACAGGCCACCGGCGGUUGGUUGGGAGGCUUUAUGGUCAGAAGCAACUGAGCCAGCUCCAGAAUGCCAAGUGUUCCUGUAGAUUCCGGCUGCGCAUCACCAUCGCUGUCCUGCGUAGCACUGAGGAGAACUCAGAUUCUACAUCUCGCUCCAUCAGUUCCCAGGCCUUCCUCACGCCUGCGGUGCAUCUAUAAAUUGUCUCUCAGCUUUAAGAUUAAAACGGUCUGAACUCUAUUUUUGGUCCAUACAGGAAGCAAAUCCCUAUUUCCACUCUGCACGUAGCAUUGCUGUGGGGGUUUUGUCACUGAAAUUUGUUUGCCUCAUGCCCCCUCCUUUCCCCUACCCUAUCAACUCAGUUGUGAGAAUUGUUUUCUUUCCUAAAAACCCACUCUGUGUAUCUUACUGAGGAGCAAAGGUGAUCGGCCACAGGUUCAGUCCGCAGGCUGCUUGGUUCCCUGCAGAGGGAGCCUUAGUGGGGAGCGCUCCGUGUGCUGGCAGCAGUCACGGGGAGGCUCAGACUUCCUGGGGCCUCUGGUCUUCUCUUCUUGGACGUGAAGAUAACUUGAGUAAACUCUGUUUUAAAGUUUAUUUUCACUCUUUUUUUUUUUUUUACUGUCUUGGGGAGAGGGGUUGACCAAAACCAAGACCACUAAUGAUUCCACCCUCCACAUUUAAAAAAUGUUCUGUUUUGCAUGUUUGGAUUUGGGUCUCUCUUCUGUUUGUGUCCAGAGUUCCUGGACUUCAGUCGUCUCAGGACAGGAACUUGGUGUCACCUUCCUUUAUUUGAUCAUACUUUAGGGGUUCAUGGUAGGGCAGCUGAUCUGUAAGGAAGCACCCCAUUUUGGUGUGUAAAACCUGGUAUGCUUAAGAAUAGAAGUAACUUCUGUCUGGAGGCCUCAAGUAAAAAGAAAAAAUUAACAGCUUGAUUUGAGUAGCCAACAGGAAAGGUUCCUUUCACAUUUACAUUCAAACUAUUCUGCGGUCACUGUUGCACCAUAAUUUGAGUUCUGUUCUCCAGAGCAGCAGGCAUAAAGCAGUGCCACCUGUCGCUGUGGUCCUGCUCAAUGCUCGGCAAUGCUCCCCUCUUAACACAGCGCUUGUAUCUGGGAUGCAAGCUAUGCUUAUCUUUUUAAAUACAUUUUCAAGUAUUUAUUAAUGAACCAAAGGAAAUCAAAUGCUUUCUGUAAGCAUCAGAAUAUAUACAUAGUGAUUUGACUAUGAAUUUUAAAUCCACAUUUUAAUAUUAGUGGGAUAUUGCAAAGACAUUCCUUCUAAAGUUUUAAUAUUCCUUUUACUAAGGGUCUCAGGGAGGGUAAAUUAGUCAGCCAUAUUUAUUUUCCAGAGAUAUAAGGAAUUGCUAAGUUUUUAAAUUAACUUUUUAAUAAGAAAAAUUAAAUGUCACCAAACUCGUGGGUUGCACUGCUUUUCGAACCAAUAGUGUUGGUGUGCACUUUGUUCAGAAACACUGUGUAACUUUUCAAAAUUAGUUUCAUGUAAAGUGAUUGGACCCCUAGAUUAGUGGAAAAAGCUGAUUAACCAGCUACUCAGGCUGCUAAUUAAUUAAUUGCCAAUGUCUUGGUUUUUCGGUUUUGCCUCCGUGAUAAAUUAAAGAAUAGGGAGGGAGAAGGAAAGGGGGGUUGCUUUAGAACAGGUGGGAUGAAAUUGCCAUUUUGACGGAAACUGCAGCUGGCAGUCAGGUGUUGGGCCAGCCUGUUAGCUGCCACAUGUAUUCUGUUGGGGUCGUAAGGUGGUGGGUAGUCGAGGCUUUUCAUUUCUGAGGUUGCGCUCCCUCGGCAUGCAUUCUGGAAAUGGAAUUCAUGCAACUUCCCGCACUUGCAGUUUUCCCUACAGCUAGUAGGCAGUGUGUCAGAACACUAGUGUAGGCUAGAAAGAUACGUAUCAAAAGAGGGUCAGAAAUACUUGGUAUUCAGUGGCACAGUAAGCAGGUUAUAAAGACAAAAUAAAGCACAGUGUUACGCUUGCAAGUUUCCAUUUGUUUUAACACCCGAUCUUCCGCAAGUGGCACAGAGCUUACCUGACAUGCUCUUAGUCAUGCAGUUAAAACAAGGUAAAGAAUCUUGACACCCACAAAGCAUUUCAGUCAGAGCCCUUCAGGUGCAAUCUGGGUAUUUCAAAACAUUGGCAGAAGCUUCUGGGAGUUUAGUUCCACAAAGACUUUCACCUGCCUUAUCAAGACCAUUCUCAGUCUACUUUUUUAAGCUACCAUAUCUUAAAUUAUUGAAAAUUUAUUAAUUGCUGAAUAUAUAAUAACCUUUGCUUGUAUGUAACCGAAAAUGGUUUAAGAGCCAACAUUUAGAGUAUGACAAUGGAGCUGAACAGUUUUUAAUGCGCAAGCAGUUCUGUUCUUGUGUAUGACUUGUAACCUUAAUUUACUGUGUAAAGAUGGUUACAUUAUUUCCUUAGCUUUGUUUGUUGGAGACAAAUAGAGAAUGCUUGUUAAGUAUGUCAAAACAUAAUCUUGUGAAUUUUUGUUAAUGUAUUAUACGAGCUCUAUUUUCAUUUGCCCAGAAAGACAGCUUGUAUAACGCUUUCGGAAGUUCCUGCUCUGUACUGUCCUUAGAGCUGACAGACUUAGGUUUGUUUUUCCUUCAUGCUAAAGUGUCCGUUGGUGGUUUUGUGAACUGGUCAGAAAUUCACAGGUCUUAAGUGUUUUGGGGAAAUUUAUAUUGGACACUGCUCUUUGUCUAGCAAAUAAAAGAUGUUAAUAUAUUCCCGUUACUGGCAUGUGCACGACUAUGUUACUAGAGGCCACUUUAUCAUUUUCCCGCUUUCAUAGAAAUGUCUAUUUAUGAAUCUGCUUGUAGUUUUUUCACAAAUAAAAUAGUAAAAUUUACAUUGAAA